UGGUUCUUCAUUCGUCAGCUGUAAUCUAAUGACACCUGCAGCAAAAAUCUGUAAAGAAUUAUAACAAAACAUCUCUUUAAAAACAACGCCUCCCCCUAUAGGAAAUAUAAGUGAAAGUUAAGGUUUUUGUAUAUGAAGAUAUUAAAAUUUUAAUUUAAUGUCGAUGUUUAAAGCACGUGUUAAAGAAUUUGAGGAUGCACUGGAGGGUCCUGAAAUUGACAUAAAUGCACUGCGAAACCUUUGUUUUUAUGGAAUACCCGACAUUGGUAGCUUUAGAGCAACUUGUUGGAAAAUUCUUCUCGGUUACUUAGGACCGAAGCGAAGCACAUGGACUGAAACGCUAAGCAAAAAACGAGCUUUGUAUAGACAAUUUAUAGAAGAAUUGGUACUGCCACCUGGUCUAAAUGGAAAUGACAAUCAAGAUAACACCGAUUCAGGUCUUAGUGAUCAUCCCUUAUGUGAGGGGCCUGAAAGUGCUUGGAACACAUUCUUCCAAGACAAUGAAUUUCUAUUGCAAAUCGACAAAGAUGUUAGACGCUUAUGUCCAGAUAUAUCGUUUUUCCAACAAGCCACCGAAUAUCCUUGCGACAUUGUGGUGCAUAGCAAAGGUGAACGUAGACUGCAUCAACGUGUUGUACCGACUGUGUUAAGUUCAGCGAAUGUAGAGCGCAAGGGUUUAGGUAUUACAAAGAUAAAUCUUAUAACAAAGCGUUCCAAUGAGAAUUACAUGGCAAUGGAGGAAGGACUGGAAGCGCAUUGGGAAGUAGUGCAGCGCAUACUCUUCCUUUAUGCUAAACUAAAUCCAGGGCAAGGCUACGUGCAGGGCAUGAAUGAGAUUGUCGGUCCAAUAUAUUAUAUUAUGGCCUCCGAUCCUGAUUUGGAGUACAGAAAAUACGCUGAGGCAGAUUGCUUUUUCUGCUUCACUGCAUUGAUGAGUGAAAUUCGUGAUUUCUUCAUAAAAACGCUCGACGAUUCCGAAGGCGGUAUUAAAUUUAUGAUGGCAAAAUUGGCUAACAUGCUUAAAGAGAAAGAUCCCGAAGUGUUUAAUAAAUUAAAAGAACAAGAACUGCAUCCACAGUACUACAGUUUUAGAUGGAUAACGCUACUGUUAUCACAAGAAUUUCCACUACCCGAUGUGGUGCGCAUAUGGGAUUCAGUUUUCUCCGAUGAACACCGUUUCGAAUUUUUGAUAAGAAUAUGCUGUGCAAUGAUUUUAAUACAACGCGAUCUCAUACUGCAAAAUGACUUUGCAUCAAACGUUAAACUGUUGCAAAAUUAUCCGCCUAUUGAUAUCAACAUAGUCUUAUCGCAUGCAGUAUCUUUAAAUGGAUAAUAAGACCGCCUGAUUUAGAAACUAAAAUGUUGUACACAUCCCAAGCCAAUUUUUACACGCCACUAUUUAAGGCACCACUAGUUAUAACACAAAAAUUACACAUUUCUAGCAUUUAAGAGCCUUCAUUUAUAAUUUAUAUACUCGGAUUUAUAGUUACUAUGCUAUAUAUAUAACUCAAAUCAUUUUAUUCGAAAUGUUCAUUUAAUAUAUAUAUAUAAAUAUUUAUCUUUUUAAUAUAUUUUUUACCCGACGAACAAGUUAUGA